GUUGCUGUGAACAUGACUCUAAUCACAUGGCGGUCAUCCCCCCUGAUGACGAGUCAUCCAGCGGUGUGGUUGUACCGGGGCUGUACCGAUCUCGGUCUCUCCCUCACUACCUGGGCUGUGACUCUGGGGUGGGAAGCUUCAGCGAAGGAGGAGCCGGUGGAGAGAAGGCUCUGGCCGGACAGGGCAAGGGCGAAGGCCUUGUGGCUGUGGCUGAACUGAGGCAGCUCAUCACCCUCAGGCAGCACUACUACCCAGAGGGCGGCUGGGGGUGGCUUGUCCUCGCCUCUUCCGUCACCGUCCACCUCCUCUCCCACGGGCUCCAACUGGGAGCGGGGAUCCUUCCGACUCACAUCCAGGACAAAUUCGGACCACGCCAUCCUACUCUCACAGGUAACUACGAUUUACUUCUAACAACGAUUUUAUAUGUUAAUUUUGUCCAGCAAGCACAUAAUGCUUUCAUUUGCGAGUGUAGCUACGCGAUUUGCUCUGAUUCAGAAUCGGCCUUACAUGCCUUGGAACACCGCUAUUCAGAUGAUCCCAGUGUGCAGGAGGUACCAGCGUCACUGGGGAGCCUCCAACUGCAGAGAAGGAGCGUUUGUUUCGUCUGGGUUCUUGGACAUGUAAAUAUUAAAGGAAACCAUUUGGCAGAUGAAGCUGUAAAAGAAGCAGCCAUGACAGGUCUUCAAAUCAGGAACGUUCCAAAGGGUGAUAUGACUGUAGUUUACAAAUAA